UCAUCCUUUACUCUCCAAAAUCUUCUCCUCAAAAUUUCCUCAAACAUUAUUCCAAAAGAUCCUUCCUUUCCGGUUCCCCCUUCACUUCAAUCCCCAUCUCUCAAAAGGGUUCGCCGGAAAAGGGGAGAAUCCAAAAGGGUCGUUUCGAGAUCGGUAAACGAUGAAGAUUCCGGCUAGAUUUCAGCGGGUGGCGGCGGCGUUUCAGGAGGGCCACGAGAGCAGCGGAAGCGAGCACUCGCCGGAGAGUUCCACCGACCUGUCGGACCUCGUGAAGUCGUUUAUGGAGAGAUCAUCGGAUUAUAAUUUCGGAGGUGGAGGAGAUGAAUAUGAUGAUGGCGCCGGCGGGGGCGUGGAGAAAGAGCAAGACGGCCCCGUAUCGGACGGCGGUGGCUGGUCGUUGCCGGAGGCGAAGGAGACUCUGGAGAGGCUGUUUGGAUGCCGAGAAAGUGAGAGAGAAAGAGGAUCAAUUCGCCGGAAAAUUCAGGCUCAGGCGGAAUUGGCUUGCCGGAUCAUUGGCGAGAAGCCUUCUUCUCCGGGAUUCAAACGUAAAUUGAUGACCCAUUUCCGGGAAAGUGGCUUUGAUUCCGGUCUGUGCAAAUCCAAGUGGGAAAAGUUCGGGCGAUUCCCGGCUGGGGAUUACGAGUAUGUGGACGUAAAAGUCGAUGGAAACCGUUACAUUGUCGAAGUUUUCCUUGUCGGAGAGUUCGACAUUGCUCGCCCGACGAGCCAAUACGUGUCGCUUCUAAAAGCUUUCCCUCAAAUAUAUGUUGGGAAAGUAGAGGAGGUGAAGAAGAUAGUGAGAGUGAUGUGCAUAGCCAUGAGAGAGUCAAUGAAAAGCAAAGAUAUGCACAUCCCACCAUGGAGGAGAAAUGGGUAUAUGCAAGCCAAGUGGUUUGGUUCAUACAGGAGAACAACAAACGAAGUGGCCACCAAAAGGCAAUUGGACCCUCAAAACCCUAAUUUGAAGAAAUCAAUAGGGUUUGAAGCUAAUUUGCCUGUGAAAAUUACUUACAAUUGCAGAGGGGAAUUUGGGAGAAGAAUUAACAAUGGGUUAAAAGUUGGGCAUUUGAGUGCUGCUUUUGAUGGGCAAGGCAUUGGCUUGUGA